CGCCUGCCUGCCUCCCCUCCGCUUCUGGGGGGCUCCAUCUUCUCCGAGGGGCGCCCAGGAAAGGCGGCCAGUGCGAGGUGCAAGACUUUGCAUUGGAGGGGGGGGGAGGCGUUGGAGCCCCCGCCCCGCCCGACCCCGCCAAGUGGAAGGAGCUUGCCAUGGGGCGCUUUCUUGAUGCAGAGGGGGUGGUGAUGGAGGAGGAGGAGAGACGUGACUCCGGAGGGCCGUGGCGGCGGCUGGACCCGCGGAAGGACCCCCUCCCCGCGACCCCCAGGUAGGUGCCUCGCCCCGCGGGGGCUCCUGGGGCCACCCGGGGCUGAGCUUCGGCAGGAGCUGGGGGUGGGCUAGGAUGGCUGGACUGCCGGCCCCUCCGCCGCUCCGCCCCUCCCCAUUCCUCUGAUCCCGCCGGGAUCCUUUGCUUGCGAGUUUGAGCAGGUGAGGUGCGGGGAGUGCCGAGGGAGGGGGCGUUGAGCUCCGGGGGUGGGGUAGGAUGGCGGGCACGCUCUCACCCCGGGAGAUCCGGAAACGCAAGCGCCGUCGAGCAGAGACUGCCGCCUGGCAGCGCCCGCUUCCCUCACGGGGAAGAGUCGCAGUUCCGUGGCUUUGCACGCGGAAGGUUCUUCCAGGUUCAACCCGCGACGAUAUCUUCGAGGUGGGCUGGGAGAAACUCCGACGAGAAAGCCUGGAGAGCUGCCAGUCAGUGUAGGCACUACUGAAUCGGAUAGACUAAAGGUCUGAGUCUGUAGAAGGCAGUUUCCGGGGCUGGUGCGCCCGCCGCUCCGGCUGUCCGACCUCAGCCCGGCGGGCUUUGCAGGUAGCCCGGCGCGGUCUCCCCUCCGACGCCGCAUCCUCUCCAACGGCAGCGGGGCCCUCGAAGUCCGCCCCAGCCCCUCACCCCAGCUCCCCCGCUCCGCUGACUCCUUCGGUGGUCUCCGCCUUUGGAGCCGGGGGAGGGCGCUUCUCUCCCUAUGGGGUGAGUGUGGGUCGCGCCCCUCAGAAAUGGCCCCUGGGCGCUCUCCAGCACGCACGCUGCAUGGAGCCCAACCUGCGCCUUGCGAUGUCUCCAGGGGGCUGCGACCCUCUCCUGGCGGGCCUCGGGGAAGCUGGAGCAAGAAGGACAAGGCGCUGGCCUCCUUGAGUGGCGCCCCCCCCCCCGCUCCGCCGCCGCCCCCGAGAGUGCCUGAGCCCGGCAGCCUUCCCUCGGCCGGUUUCAGCACCACCGGCGCCGGCGCUCGGGCCUGGCCGGAUGAAGGCGCUGAGCCCCCUUCUUGGCUCCUGUUGGGCAGCGAUGCCCCGAGGCCAGCCGUGGGUGCCAGCCUUUCUGCAGGGGCCUCUGCCUUGGUCACACAGAGAGCCCAUUCCCCAGUGGGCUGGAGGGCCAACAGGGCUAAUGGAAGCCCAUUAAGCUUCCAUGCAGGAGGACAGACCUCAUAGCAGUGCUAUUAAACUUUGCGCCACAACUGGCCGGCUGGGUGGGUGGCCAACGUGGGCAUUGAGGUGCCCACUGCAAGGAAUGUCACCUUCGGGGUCAUCUCGGGAUGCGGUACACUGGUGCCCGUCUGCGGCUGGCAUGGUGCAUGAUGACUGCCAAGAAGAGCGAGGCUGGUUCCGGCUUGGGUUUGGUGCGACGCUGGGUCAUGAGGCUCUGCAAUAUGAUGGCGCCAGAGAGGGCACUCCUCCUCCUCCUCCUCCUCCUCUCUGUUUGGGUUCUGAAAGGCUGCCUUUGCCAGGUUUUGUGAACAAGGGAGGAUGGGCUGCGCCAAGGAUGGAGGAACUGACUGGAGAAAUGCGGGGGGCUGGCACCUUGAGGUGUCUUGUGGCCCACACAGUGAGGGCCACACUGAAAAUGUCACAGCCCCAUGGCAUACCAAAGGCUGAUUCACCUAGGGCUGUUCCUGGCAAGCAGUGAUUUGCUUAGCUGGGAGCAGCAGAGCGGCCCCAGGAAUAGAGAAGGGUCUGCAGAACAACAAGUGAGCAGCAGAAGGUAGCCUCAAGGAGCCCUGCUAAGAAACACUUCUUUAAAACAAAGCACCCUUAUGGAAGGGGGAACUUCUUAGCCGCAGCAGUCUGGAAAGGAGGCUGGGAGUGUCUGUGGGCUUCACAGUUCCUUUGGCUCACUCUGGAGCUCCAGAACUUGCCUUAGGAGCAUGGAAUGACCACAGCUGUCAAAUCACCAGCAAGCCAUUGCCAGCGUCUGAGACCCGGCUCAUCUGCAGCUGCAGGCUGCAAAGGUUUGCUGGUGUCUUCUCGGGAAAUCUUGCAGAUUCAUCCAGUCAUGGAGAGACCAAACAGGUUGCAAGUUAUGGGCUUGUCUUUCACAGUCAAGGCAGGCGGCUUGCUUCCUAGCCGUGCCUCCCCAUCGCUGCGCACUUAGUCCAGCACCCAAACCUUUUGCUCCUUGCUGUAGAUUUAAACACUAGUAGGCAGGUUUGGAAGGGAAUGUGGGUGGCGCUGUGGUCUAAACCACUGAGCCUCUUGGGCUUGCCAAUCAGAAGGUCAGCGGUUUGAAUCCCCGCGAUGGGGUGAGCUCCCGUUGCUCAGUCCCUGCUCCUGCCAACCUAGCAGUUGGAAAGCACGUCAAGUGCAAGUAGAUAAACAGGUACCGCUCCAGUGGGACGGUAAAUGCCGUUUCCAUGCGCUGCUCUGGUUCGCCAGAAGCGGUUUAGUCAUGCUAGCCACAUGACCCAGAAGCUGUCUGCAGACAAAUGCCGGCUCCCUUGGCCUAUAGAGCGAGAUGAGAGCUGCAACCUCAGUCUGGACUUAACCCCAGACAGGUCUUAACGGUCAGGGGUCCCUUUACCUUUACCUUUAGGCAGGCCUGGAGGUGCAAAUAUGGCUUUGUUGCAAAAAAAUAAAAAUAAAAAUGGGUUCAUUGCCCUUGGAGCUGUGGAUUUCCAGAAUGGAGAUACGAAGAGAUUUAAAUGCCAGUACUGGGCAGGCUUUUUGUUUUUGUCUGUCUCUCCUUUGGUGGUCCCAUCUGUGGCUUCGUGUGUUUCCUGAUUGUCUGUGUGACGCUAACCCUAGCGAUACAUCAUGGCCAUUGCCAGUCUCUGCAAGGCUCGCCCGCCUGUGCCAGGCAGUGAACCUUACGCAGCCUGCCGCUGGGGUUGCUGUUGUGACACGCAGCGCUUCUUCGGUUCAGUGGAUGUGUAGUGAGCUGAGCAGCCACCAGGGCAGGGCUGAGGGGUGGGCUCUUGCCCCACUCCCAUCAUUUGUCUGGCCACUGAUUCGUGCUCCAACAGGGCCUCACAGCUUCCUUGGAGCUUGAAGGCCCCUGCAGAUUCCCAGCCUGACGGAAGGUCACUCAACUCAACGCUUCUUAAAUCGCAAUUCGUCAUCAUGGUUUCAUCAGCCUUGUUUCCCAUUUCUGUGAGUAUCCCACGGGCAUCUGUCAAAGUCCCAUCCCCAACCUGGCGCCCUCCAGCCCCAGCAAAUAAGGUCAUGCCUUCUGGCGAAUUUUAGUCCAGAACAUCUGGAGAGCACAAGGUUAGUGAAGCCUGUGAUACAGAGUCCAAAACAUUAUGAGGAGAUCAUUCAAGAGAUCCCUGGUGUGAUGCUGCUGUUUGCUUGCAAGUAGACAGUUUGUUCAGCAAGCAGAGACAGCUAAGAACCAUUGCUUGGCUGCAGAAGAGCCUCAGUUCUCCCACUUCAGUCAAAAACAGCAACCAGAAAAUAAUAUUGCAUUUGAAUUCCCCCUUCUCUCCACCUCACUCCCAGCCAGCUCCACGACUUGUUUUUCAUCUGAUGACUGUACUGUGACCCCCAAGUGUUUUGCCAUGAGCAUGUGGGGUGUGCCCUAGCUCAGAUGCCACUAGUGGCUAUUGAAGAAAUUAUUAUUAUUAUUAUUAUUAUCAUUUGUUAAAUUUAUAUACUGCCUUUCAUCAAAAGUCCACAGGGAAGUUAACAAUGAUGAACACAAAUGUCAGUACAGUGGUACCUCGGGUUACAGACUCUUCAGGUUACAGACGCUUCAGGUUACAGACGCUUCAGGUUACAGACUCCGCUAACCCAGAAAUAGUACCUUUUGUUAACAACUUUGCUUCAGGAUGAGAACAGAAAUCGCAUGGCGGCAGCAGGAGGCCCCAUUAGCUAAAGUGGUGCUUCAGGUUAAGAACAGUUUCAGGUUAAGAACAGACCUCCGGAACGAAUUAAGUACUUAACCUGAGGUACCACUGUAAAUUAAAUAAAUUUAUUAUUUCAGUCACAGACCAGUUCCAUCUCACAUACAAUAUCAGGGAAGUCAUAAAACAUGAUAGGGAUACAUUUGAGUUUGCACUUGGGUAUAACAGGGACAAUACAGAUAUAACAGCAGUUAAAAUUAUUAAGUUAAAUCUUAAUCACCAAAAUAUAUCCCAAAAUUGUCAUUUAAGGCCUUAGUCAUUAUGGUAGCACAGCUUGCAAAUGUCAGUAUAUGACACAAUAUCUUGGCAAUGUGAAAAUCAAACAGUCAUGCAACUAAAUAAUAAUAAUAAUAGUAUUAAUGUGUAAUACGAUACAGAGUCUUAUAACAACAGAAGCAUAAAAAUAAAGGGAGAAGAAAAUUAGCUACAGGGUAACCAGAAUACAAAAAACACUCACACAUGCAGAACUUUCUCUCUGUCCAAAAGCAGCCUUUUAAUCCAGCCCUCUAAGCCAUGGGUAGGCAAACUAAGCCCCGGGGGGCUGGAUCCGGCCCAGUCGCCUUCUAAAUCCGGUCCGCAGACGGUCCGGGAAUCAGCGUGUUCUUACAUCAGUAGAAUGUGUGCUUUUAUUUAAAAUGCAUCUCUGGGUUAUUUUGGGGGGAUAGGAAUUUGUUCAUUUCUUCAAAAUUUGUUCACUACUUCAAAAUAUAGUCUGGCCCCCACAAGGUCUGAGGGACAGUGGACCGGCCCUCUGCUGAAAAAGUUUGCUGACCCCUGAGCUUUGCUCUCCUCUCCUGGUCUCUCACACUGGAAUAUCUUCCCUGCCUCUACGGUAAUUCAGGGUCCUUUCCACUGCCACUUUCAUGUGGGUGCAGUCCAGGGGUGGUGGGGUGGGGUUGCCUUCAUGAGCCCCUUCAGAUAAUUAUCAGGACACCCCCUGGACAGGAGGGCUCAUUAGCAAGCAGACAUCAAAGAAAAGAGAGCCAUACCUUCAGCUGGUAAUCAUGAUCACAUUUCCCAUUACAUGGUGAAACGAUUCUACAGCAUUUCAUUGUAUUUAAAGUUCUAGGCAAUAUUUACUGCAUUUGUACCUGCAGGAGUGAAGGGCUAAAUUAACAGUUUCCCCAACUGCGUCUCAAUCAAGACAAGAAACAACUUCCCCAUUCCCACCCCCCUGAGCUGGAGGCACCGCCUGCAAACAAGGCCAGUGAUGGACUGAGUUUCUAGAUCCAUUUCCAUCUGGAUUCAGGCCUUUCCUCCGUACUGAGACUGCCUUAGUCACCUUGAUGGAUGACCUAAGCCAAAAGGAAUUAGUCCCUGCCAAUUCUCCUGGAUCUCUCAGCCAUGGCAGCUUUCGGAUAACAUUGGCCACAGAAACUCUCUGGAGAGAUGGAGGGUUGGUGUAACCAAAUGGCAGGACAGAUGAAAGGAAGUACUUCUUAGUGCUACACCUAGUUAAAUUAAGGGACGUUGUGGUGAACACCAACAUGGAUGGCGCUGGAAGAAUUUUUGCUAGGUUUGGUGGGCGAAGGGAUUAAAAAGAUAGAUCAAAGAGACUUCUGGGGUGGCGCCAUCGGCAAUGGCGGAAUCCCUCUGAACAGGAGGGACUAGCUCCGCGGGAAAUGGGUCUUCUCCGCUACAGCGAAGUGGGGACCCUCUUAAAAAUCACAGGCGGAUGAAGCCUGUGACCAUGGGACUCGGCGGGCGCCUUUAGCGCCCUCCCAACUCGCUAAGGAACCCACUAACGGGCUCCGAAGUGAAGAGGGGGAAGUGGCGCGGUGCUGUGAGUCAACUGCUAUUUCCGUGGAGCGAAGCCGCAUAGCCGUUGCCGGAGAGCGCUGCCUUUUUCCUGGGACAAUUUGGACUCUAAAAUAAGCACCCGUGAGUACUCAGACUUUGAAUAACUGGACAUCAAAUAAGGACUUGCGAGCAGAAAGGAAUUGGAUUUUAAAAACCUAUUUUAAUUUGGUACGGAACGGGAAGGUCUAAACAGGAAGUCAGCCUUCCGUUCUUUUGUAGACAGAAUAAAGCAAAGACAAUGUAAACUAGAGCUUAGAAAAUCGCCUUUAAAGGAUUGGAUUUCAUCAUUUAAAAUUGUGGAACCCCCCUUCGACAGCAGGAGAAGGAGGGGGAUUUUUUUCGGACUGUUUAAAGUGAGUUUAAAGUAAAGUAACCUUCCUCCGUCCUGAUCCUGGAGCGGGGUGUCAGGACUGACGUUUGAAGUUCAUUGACCAGAGACAAGCGUUUUUGACAGAUAGCUAAAAGAAGAGAAACAUAGCGAUUCCACUGCUUCCCUUCGCAUCUUUAAGCAACAAAUAUUGACAAAGUAUCUCAAAAAGGGAAACUUUGUUGCAAGAACAACUAGAAGUUUUCCCCCUAGAGGGAGACUGUGAAACUGUAACCAACUCCAGGGAGCCGGCAGCUGUUACAGAUUACAAUCGUGGGAACAGGCAUCUGACCUUGCAGGACAAUGUAUUCAGAAGCUUUGUUGUGUGCUUUCUAUAAAACAAAUGCCGUACUGGAACAGUUACAUGAGAAGGUGAAUUGGAUGGCGACUUCGACUAGAAACUUUGAACAGGCAGUGGUAAAUUUUGAACAGACAGUGGGAAAAUAUGUGGAGCCCACUCAGGAAUUAAAUCAGGAGUGUGUCCUGACAGAACAGGCCCAACAGGAAUAUGAGUUUUCGGAUUUGACAAAUGAACCUGGAAAAAGCCAGAUUUGGAAAGAAAAGGUUUGGUUUGGCUUGGAAAUGGGGGGCUGGAUUGACCCCCCUAUGCUGGGAUGUUUGGACUUUUCAAAUCUGGCAAUGGGCCGUGAGAUGUUUGGGAUUGUGGGGGCUCUUAAUUUUAAUUUUGGGGGGUCUUUGAAACAUGCUUUUAAAUACCAUAUGGAAUUCAGUGUUGAAUAUGGAAAAGGGGCUGAUCUGUCGAGAAGGGUUAAAAAUAUUGUCAAGCUGGAGUUACCACGAGCAGGAGACAAGGGAAAAUACAGUUACAAAUAUGAAGAAGAGCUGCGGAAGGGACAUGGAAGAGACUUGAGGGCCUCGGAUAUAAGGCUGCCAGGUUAAUGGGCUAGAUCGACGGGAUAAUAAGGACUGACAAAACCCGGAACCAGGAGGAAAGGACGUUGGAUGAAGAUUGGAUCUGUUUGUAUCUCUUUUUUCUACCAUUAGAACUGUUUUAUAAAAUUGAUGAAUGUCAGAAAAAUGUUGGAAUGAAAUUACUUGGCUUUAGUAAAGAUGUUUAAAGAAUUAUGAAAGAAUAUUUUGGUUAUGAGAAAUGGGUAAGGAUAAGAUUUAAGUUUUAAGUUUUAAGGUUUAUUUUAUUAUAGUAAGAUAAGAUUAAAACAGUUUAGGGUAAUGUAAUGACAGAAUAUUAUGAAAUAUGGAAAGGAUUUGCUGGGAUAAUUAAUAACUAGGAUACAAAGAAAGGGAGGAGGAGGAGGUCAAAGAAAGAAGGUAAUGACAGUUGAGGAUUUGAGAAUAAUGAAUUUGUUAUUAAAUGUUUUUAAUUGUUUGUGAUGUAUUUUUGUAUUUUUUCUUUUGUCACUUUUUCUUAUUUUUGAAUUUGUAUUCAUAUGGUUGGAAGGGGUUUGUUUUUUCCCCCUUCUUUUUCUACUUUGUUAACUAUUUUUAUUUUGUACUUUCUACUGCUUUUAUUUUAUUUUGUAAUACUUUGAAAAUUUCAAUAAAUAUCUUAUAAAAAAAUAAAAAAUAAAAAGAUAGAUCAAAGAUUAUAUUUAUAUGCAACAACUGCAGCCAGAGUUGUGAUAGCUCUAAAGUGGAAGCAACAGGAGAUGCCGACGAUAAGAGAAUGGCAGAUAAAGUUGGUUGAGUAUGCUGAGAUGGCUAAAUUGACACACAGAAUUCGCAAUCAGAAGGAGACAAAGUACCAAAAAGAAUGGAGUGAAUUUAUGGUUUAUAUAAGUGAGAACUGUACAAAUAUGAAAACGUUGGCAGGAUUGAAAUACCUCUCAUGUCAUGGCAUAAUUUAUAAUUAAAGAAUCUGUAAACUAUAGAAUGGAAUAGGAAAACUGCUGGAAGGGAAGGACGGAAGCUAAUGGAUCUAUGAAACACAAAGUAGGAUACAUGUAACAAGAUGUGAUGUUUUGGUGGUGGUUGGUGGAGGUUGGUUGGUGAUUGUAAAUUCAAUAAAAAUCAUUUUUUUUAAAAAAAGGAACACCAACAUGGAUGGCUUUAAGAGAGGGCUAGACAAGUUCAUGGAGGACUAUCGAUGGCUGUGCUGCGCCAGAUGUUGGAACCCACAAGAGGGGAGAGGUCUCUUGUGCUCAGGUUCUGCUUGCAGGUUUUCUGUAAUGGGCACCUGGUUGGUCACUGAGAGAAGAACAGGAUGCUGGAAUAGAAUCAUAGAAUCAUAGAAUCAUAGAGUUGGAAGAGACCACAAGGGCCAUCGAGUCCAACCCCCUGCCAAGCAGGAAACACCAUCAGAGCACUCCUGACAUAUGGUUGUCAAGCCUCUGCUUAAAGACCUCCAAAGAAGGAGACUCCACCACACUCCUUGGCAGCAAAUUCCACUGUCAAACAGCUCUUACUGUCAGGAAGUUCUUCCUAAUGUUUAGGUGGAAUCUUCUUUCUUGUAGUUUGGAUCCAUUGCUCCGUGUCCGCUUCUCUGGAGCAGCAGAAAACAACCUUUCUCCCUCCUCUAUGUGACAUCCUUUUAUAUAUUUGAACAUGGCUAUCAUAUCACCCCUCAAUAGGUGGGCCAUUGGCCGGAUCCAGCAGGAUCUUAUUGUAUUCUUAUGACAUCUCAUUCCAAGAAGUGAAGUUACAGGAAACCAGACACGAGGGCCUUCUUGGUAGUGGUGCCUGCCCUGUGGAACGCCCUCCCAUCAGAUGUCAAGGAAAUAAGCAGCUAUCUUCUCUUUAAAAGACAUCUGAAGGCAGCCCUGCUUAGGGAAGUUUUUAAUAUUUAAUGCUGUAUUGUUAAUAAUAAUAAUAAUAAUAAUAAUAAUAAUAAUAAUAAUAAUUUUUUUAUUUAUAUCCCACCCUCCCCAGCUGAAGCCGGGCUCAGAGUGGCUAACAACAAUAAAAGUAACACAAUAUUCUAAAAUCAAUUCAUUUUAAAAUCAGUUCAAAAUCAAAUUAAUGGCAACCAUUGGGCUAGAGUUCUGUGAGGAUUACCAAAGGAGGGGGUCAGACUGUGCCUUGGCCAAAGGCCUGGUGGAACAGCUCCGCCUUGCAGGCCCUGCGGAAAGAUGUCAAGUCCCACAGGGCCCUAGUCUCUUGUGACAGAGCGUUCCACCAGAUUGGGGCCACGGCCAAAAAAGCCCUGGCUCUGGUUGAGACCAGCCUAAGCUCCCUGUGGCCCGGGAUCUCCAAGAUUCGAAGACCAUAAGGUCCUCCAUUGGACAUACCAGGAGAGGCAGUCCCAUAGGCGACACUUGUUUGGGAGCCGCCCAGUAUCUCAGCAUUUUCCAAAACCAUUGACUGUGGCAUUAUUCUGGAAAGGUUAUUCGCAGGUAGAAAUUGGAGGCAAGGUGUUGUGGUGGUCCUGUUCCUCUUUGGACAGCCGACUCCCAAAGGUGGUUCUGAGCCAAACAAAAGUUUGAAUCCUUGGCACUUAUGCCUCCAGUGAUUCCUCAAACCUCCAAUAUUAGGGGCCUUGAAGCUCAAGCUUCCUUGGUUUCAUAGCAGAUCCAUCCCUAGGUAGACCCUCUCCUCCUCCAUGGAUUUCUCUAAUCUUCUUUUAAAGGUAUCCAAGUUGAUGGCCAUCACUUCCUCUUGAGGGAUAUAGAGGUCCAUCGCUUGGCUAUGUGCUGCGUGGAAAAGGACUUAUGUGUGUUAAAACCACAAACUUUCUUGCGUCAUCUUAAUGAAAUUGUUGUGGACUAAAGCUCCUUUAGGGAUGCGGAUGGUGCUGUGGGUUAAACCACAGAGCCUAGGACUUGCUGAUCAGAAGGUUGGCGGUUCGAAUCCCCGCAAUCCUCCUGCCAACCUAACAGUUCGAAAGCACGUUAAGUGCAAGUAGAUAAAUAGGUACUACUACGGAGGGAAGGUAAACUGUGUUUCCAUGCGCUGCUCUGGUUCGCCAGAAGCGGCUUAGUCAUGCUGGCCACAUGACACGGAAGCUGUACGCUGGCUCCCUCGGCCAGUAAAGCGAGAUGAGCUCCGCAACCCCAGAGUCGGCCACGACUGGACCUAAUGGUCAGGGGUCCCUUUACCUUUUAAAGCUCAUUUAAUCAGAUCAACAGAAUGUCAGAACAAAACUGGAGCUCCGCAGGUGAGCCAGGUCAGUGGCCGACCUAGUCCAGCAUCCUGUUCUCACAGUGGCUGACCGGAUGUCUCCAAAGGGAAACCAGCAGGCAGGAUCCGACCACAAGAGCAACUCUCCCCUCCUGCGGGUUCCAUCAGCUGGGAUCCAGGAGCCAUGAAGUGCUUUCCUCAGCUGACAGCAAUAUCUAUAUCUAUAUUAGGGUGUGCGGGGAGAGAAAUGUAAAUAGUGGAGUCAAAUGGCCAUGAAAUUCAAAAAGUACAGACUGUGAAAAUUCAAUUAAAGCUCAAAUAUAUGCACGAUAAGCACAGCGACUAGCAAUGGGGGAACCGAUUUUGUCAUAAUUUCCAAUUUGCUUGCCGAGCUGCAAAUGCAACAUUAUCAAUUGAGUCGAAAAGUUCUGAUCUUGCAAGAUCUUAAAGUUUCUCUGAAUUUAAAAUUGCAGUAAUAUGAGAUGGUCCAAGGAGUUUCCAGCACCAUUUUCUUCUUUAUUUGCUUCCUUAAAGGCAAAAGCUUAACAUAAUGUUACACACAAUCCCAAUCUCCAAGCGCUGUGAGAUUCCAGGGGCUGCAGGCACUUACCCGGGGUUCGUGUUUCCUUUGCAAAUGAAGCACAGCAGAGAUUUGGGCGUCUUUAUGAUAUACGGCUUAUUCACACAUAUAUACACAACCUGAGUCUACGAUGGAGGGGCAUUGACACCCUGGGAGGUUCUUGCUUCUCCUAGUGCCACAGCAGCCUUGCAUUCAAAAAGAAACCAGCCGUGGCCUGGCCUCUCUGUAGCUGGCCGCAUUUUACAGACUGCAACUAUUUUUCUCCCGCCCACAUCAUCCUCAGCUGCAAUCCUAAACUCUCCAAUCUGCUUUGUCUCUGCUCACUAUCUCAGAGCUCAGGGAGGGGCUCCACCCAUUUUCCAGCCGGCACAGAAUCUUUACCAGGCAGAGGGCCUUCUCGGUAGUGGCGCCUGCCCUGUGGAACGCCCUCCCAGCAAAUGUCAAGGCAAUAAACAACUAUUUUACUUUUAAAAGACAACUGAAGGCAGCCCUCUUUAGGGAAGUUUUUAAUGUCUAAUGCUGUAUUGUUUUUAAUAUUCAGUUGGAAGCCGCCCAGAGUGGCUGGGGAAACCCAGCCAGAUGGGCGGGGUAUAAAUAAUAAAUUAUUAUUAUUAUUAUUAUUAUUAUUAUUAUUAUUAUUAACUUUGCUGAUGAUUUCCCUGCCUGUCCUCUGUUAAUGGCCCAUUUUGUGGGAAUGUUCAGGGUGGCAGGAGAGGAUAUAUUGUUUAUUAAUAGCUUUCCAAACAAGGGACGCGGGUGGCACUGUGGGUUAAACCACAGAGCCUAGGACUUGCCGAUCAGAAGGUCGGCGGUUCAAAUCCACGCGACGGGGUGAGCUCCCGUUGCUCGGUCCCUGCUCCUGCCAACCUAGCAAUUCGAAAGCACGUCAAAGUGCAAGUAGAUAAAUAGGUACCGCUCCGGCGGGAAGGUGAACGGCGUUUCCGUGCGCUGCUCUGGUUCGCCAGAAGCGGCUCAGUCAUGCUGGCCACAUGACCCGGAAGCUGUAUGCCAGCUCCCUCAGCCAGUAAAGCGAGAUGAGUGCCGCAACCCCAAAGUCGGCCACGACUGGACCUGACGGUCAGGGGUCUCUUUACCUUUAAGAUAGUCUCUAUGGGAGUAUAUUGUAUUUAAUUACAGUGGUACCUCAGGUUACAUAUGCUUCAGGUUACAUACGCUUCAGGUUACAGACUCCGCUAACCCAGAAAUAGUGCUUCAGGUUAAGAACUUUGCUUCAGUAUGAGAAUAGAAAUUGUGCUCCGGCGGCGCAGCAGCAGCGGGAGGCCCCAUUAGCUAAAGUGGUGCUUCAGGUUAAGAACAGUUUCAGGUUAAGAACGGACCUCCAGAACGAAUUAAGUACUUAACCUGAGGUACCACUGUAUGGGGUAUCAGAGUCUUUAGGGGGUUAAUUAGGCUGGGAUAGCUGGGAUAGCAGGCUCGUUGGUUUUUGAAUGUCUGAUGUAGUUUUUUGCAAUUUCGUUCUGUAUGGAACAAUGACAAUAAAGAUUCGUAUCGUAUCGUAUCGUAUUGCUGUCCGAAAGUUCUUCCUGAUGUUUAGGCACAAUCUCCUUUCUCGCAAUUUUUUUUUUUUUAAUAAUAUUUAUUAAAGUUUCAAAAGAAGAAAAAUCACAUUAAUAAAAAGAUUAACAAUAAAAAGGAAAAAUACAAAGUAGAAAAAAGAAAAAGAAAAAAAAACCAGUUAAAAACAAUUCCAUCUUUUCAUCACUUCUUUUACGUUUACUUGUUUCCCAGACCUCCUCAUACCUCCCUCUUUUGUAUUCCAAUUCAAUUUGUUAAUCCAGCAAUUCCUUUCCCUCCUUUGUAAUCCUAAUCUUUAAUCUUGAUAUAUUAUAACAUUAAAUUUUUACAUAUUAAAAACCAAUUUUUCCAUAUUCUUUUGUACCUGUACAGCUAGAAACCACUUAACUUCAAUCUGACAUCAUUCUAACAUUCAUUAAUUUUGCAAUAUUUCUGUAAAUAGUCUUUAAAUUUCUUCCAAUCUUCUUCCGCUGACUCUUCUCCCUGGUCACGGAUUCUGCCAGUCAUUUCCGCCAAUUCCAUAUAGUCCAUCAAUUUGAAUCCUUUCUCGCAAUUUGAAUCCAUUGGUUCAGGUCUUUUGCUCUGUCCCAAACCUCUUGCUGGCAGCGUCAUUGCGUGAAACCAAUUUCUCUUGUGUUGUGCAUGAAAGGUAGAGUCUUUUCUGUCGACUCUCUGAGCCCCAUUAACAAUGUUGUGCUCCCCUGUGCCUUUGACCGUGGGUCAUUGCUGCCACAGGAGGAAAUGGGAUUCAUGGUUGAGAGUCACACAGAACCCUAGAACUGGAGAGUUGGAGAGGAUCCCAAGGAAUCCCUUGCAAUGCAGGAAUCCCUUGGCGUGGUACGCUUCAGCCUGGCUCUGGUGCAGACAAGCCCCUGAUAAACAUUUAAAUCUUUCUCUCUGCAAAAUGAAAGAGAGAGAGAGAGAGAACUUCACUUUGGGUGUUUCUGUUUGUUUAAUGAAGUAGGAAUUGAACUUUGAUUACUUUGUUGCUAACACCACUCAUUACUGCUUUGCUAAGUGGGAGGAUCAAUAGCAAAACAGGGAGUUUUUUUAAUAAAAAAGAGAGAAAACAACAACAAAGUAAGAAAAUAUCAAACAACUGGAGCCCAAAGCAAUCAAUUCAUACAUUAAUUAGUGUGAAAAUGAUUAGGAAAUGUCUGAGCAAAAGACAAACUAAAUGCAUCCCACUGGAUUUCAUUUAUGAAAUUUAUGAAACUCACCAGUCAUAGCUAAUUUUUUUUUUAAUUUCAGUGGACAGUUGCAAAACUUGCAAACCGUGCUGCAUAUUAAGAUUGCUUCAAAUACUAAUUAAAGCCUUAAUUAAUAGUUUAGUGGAGCUCAAAACAAAACGCUGUUUGAUUUGGGAGAUGGAAUCCAGGCAUUGUAACAAACAUGGGGAAUGACAGGCUGAAAGUAUCACCACCGCCAUUAAUUUACGAAUCACCUUCUACACAAUUGUGGACUGUUUAAAAAGCAAAGAAAAAAACUGCUUAAAACCACACAAAAAACCCCCAGCAGAUGCGUUUAAUGCAACGCAGUAGGAAAAGCAAGGCUCCUCAAAAAGGCCCAUUUAUCCAGCUGGGGGAGCCUGCCUGAACAAAACAUCUUCAAUCAUUUCUGAAAAGUGCAGAUAGUAUCUUGACAGGAAUGCUAUUCCACAGAACAGGAGCUGCCACCCUAAAAGGCACAGAGGGCUUCUGGGAUUUUAGAAACUUGCAGGAGAAACUUUCCUGCAGAUCACAUGACUUAUAAGGUGGUGUCUCAAGUAACCUGAGCUUAUGUUGUUGUUGUUUAGUCGUUUAGUCGUGUCUGACUCUUCCUGACACCCUUGACCAGAGCACGCCAGGCACUCCUGUCUUCCACUGCCUCCUGCAGUUUGGUCAGACUCAUGUUUGUAGCUUCGAGAACACUGUCCAACCAUCUUGUCCUCUGUCGUCCCCUCCUCCUUGUGCCCUCCAUCUUCCCCAACAUCAGGGUCUUCCCAACCUGAGCUUAUAGAGACAUUUAAAAGAGGAUUAGACCAGGCAUAGGCAAACUCUGCCCUCCAGAUGUUUUGAGACUACAAUUCCCAUUAUCCCUCACCACUGGUCUUGUUAGCUAGGGGUGAUGGGAGUUGUAGUCCCAAAACAUCUGGAUGAACCCCAGGAAGGGGGACUUGCUGUUUGUUGGAUGUGAUCCAUGAGAGGCAGUCAAGUACAACUUUCCUUGUAAUGCUAGAGAAGACAUGAGAGGGAAUGUUGGUCCAGCCAGUCGAAACUUCCUGUUCCUCCUGGCUGGAGCAUCCUUCCUUUUGCAUGUGAUGGAAGGUGGGCGUGACCUUACCUGUCCAGGUAACAAAAGGACGAGUCACGCAGCACCCUUCCCUCUUUUUGACUCCCUUCUUCGUUGGACCAGCUUUUAGCUAGGACUGCUCUGCUACCUUCUCAGCUAGCAGAAGCACUGGGAUUAUUCCUCCACAUGGGGUAGAUUCACAUGUACAUAUUUGUAACUAAGUCUACCUUCAGGAAUCCAACUCUGAACUGGUGUGAGUAAACUUCUUUCAUCAUCUUUGAAUAAGAUUGUGGCGUCUUUAUUCUUUUAAGAGGGAUUCAAGGGAACUUACCAGGAACGUACAAUUCACAGAAUCAUAGAAUCAUAGAGUUGGAAGAGACCACAAGGGCCAUCGAGUCCAACCCCCUGCCAAGCAGGAAACACCAUCAGAGCACUCCUGACAUAUGGUUGUCAAGCCUCUGCUUAAAGACCUCCAAAGAAGGAGACUCCACCACACUCCUUGGCAGCAAAUUCCACUGUCGAACAGCUCUUACUGUCAGGAAGUUCUUCCUAAUGUUUAGGUGGAAUCUUCUUUCUUGUAGCUUGGAUCCAUUGCUCCGUGUCCGCUUCUCUGGAGCAGCAGAAAACAACCUUUCUCCCUCCUCUAUGUGACAUCCUUUUAUAUAUUUGAACAUGGCUAUCAUAUCACCCCUUAACCUGAGGUUAGACUGAAUUGUAUAAUAGUGAGAGGCUCACACGAGCCUGCAACCAGCUAUCUGCUGUGCAUGUAAAAAGGGGAAUAUAACUCUGCUAAGUAAAGGAACUUGCUAGCACAAGUUAGGAAGGAUAUUAAUAAACAAUACAUCCUCUCCUGCCACCCUGAACAUUCCCACACUGUUGUGCCCGGAUCCUGCUUGCAAGUUUGCCACUGGGACACCUGGCUGACCACUGUGAUGGUAGCAGCUUUGCAGCCCAUUCCAGCCCCUUAACCAGGUGCUGUCUGCUGCUGAUGGUUAUGCAAGAUGCCCUCUUCGGUCUCUCAUGAGACCUUUGGUGAGGGAGGGCAGGGGCACACGCCAAUCCAGUGGAAUUAAUAUCAUACCUCAACUGCUGGGUUGGGAGAGCUUGUGCAAGUUUGAAUCCCAGGGAAUAAUAGCAGAACCAGUUCGUAAAGGUUGCAAAGAGAUUUUUGUUUUAGUUUUGGCUUGCAGAAAUUGACACAGUUCUGAAAUGGAUCUUGCAUGCUUGCUUGCUUCUCACCUGCUCAACCUGCACAAGGGAAAACAAAAAAUAAUGGCAUACAGGCCAGGUGAAAACAUUCCUCUUCGAACAGGCCUUUGGCUUAUUAACACUCAACGGCCUUUUAAAUGUGUUUGGGGUCUGUUAUUGGUUUGUUUUUGUUAUAUGAUGAUGUGAACCACCCUGUGGUCUUUGGAUGAAAGGCUGCAUGCUAAUAAUAAUAAUAAUAAUAAUAAUAAUAAUAAUAAUCCCCUUCAUGGAUCACUGCCUUGCCGUGGCGAAGGGGCUUGAAUAACUCAGAGAAGCUAUGAGCUAUGCCGUGCAGGGCCACCCAAGAUGGACAGGUCAUAGUGGAGCGUUUUGACCAAACGUGAUCCACCUGGAGCAGGAACCGGCAAGCCACUCCAGUAUCCCUGCCAAGAAAACUCCAUGGACAAAGACAACAGGCAUAUAAAAGUUAUGACGCUGGAAGAUGAGCCCUCAGGUCGGAAGGUGUCCAACAUGCUACUGGGGAAGAGCGGAGGACAAGUACAAGUAGAUCCAGAGCUGAUGAAGCGGCUGGGCCAAAGCCGAAAGGACGCUCAGUUGCGGAUAUGCCUGGAAGCGAAAGGAAAGUCCAAUGCUGUAAAGAAAAAUAUUGCAUAGGAACCUGGAAUGUAAGAACCAUGAACCUGGGUAAAUUGGAUGUGGUCAAAAAUGAGAUGGCAAGAAUAAAUAUUGACAUCCUGGGCAUCAGUGAACUAAAAUGGACGGGAAUGGGCGAAUUCAGUUCGGAUGACUAUCAUAUCUACUACUGUGGGCAAGAAACCUGUAAAAGAAAUGGAGUGGCCCUCAUAGUCAACAAAAGAGUGGCGAAAGCUGUACUGGGAUGCAAUCUAAAAAAUGAUAGAAUGAUCUCGAUACGAAUCCAAGGCAGACCUUUUAACAUCACAGUAAUCCAAGUUUAUGCACCAACUACUGGUGCUGAAGAAACUGAAAUUGAGCAAUUCUAUGAAGACUUACAAGACCUUAUAGAAGUGACACCCAACAACAACAAAUAAUAACAACAACAACAACAACAACAAAUAAUAAUAAUAAUAAUGUAAGUAAGUAAAUUUUUAUUUAUACCCCGCCCUCCCCGGCCAAGACCGGGCUCAGGGUGGCUAACAUCAAAUAACAAAUACAUUAAAACACAGUCAAACAAUUGAUUAAAAUACAGCUUAAAAAUUGUUGUUGUUGUUUAGUCGUUUAGUUGUGUCUGCCUCCUCGUGACCCCCUGGACCAGAGCACGCCAGGCCCUCCCGUCUUCCACUGCCUCCCGCAGUUUGGUCAAACUCAUGCUGGUAGCUUCGAGAACACUGUCCAACCAUCUCGUCCUCCGUCGUCCCCUUCUCCUUCUGCCCUCCAUCUUUCCCAGCAUCAGGGUCUUUUCCAGGAGUCUUCUCUUCUCCUGAGGUGGCCAAAGUACUGGAGCCUCAGCUUCAGGAUCUGUCCUUCCAGUGAGCACUCAGGGCUGAUUUCCUUCAGAAUGGAGAGGUUUGAUCUUCUUGCAGUCCGUGGGACUCUCAAAGAGUCUCCUCCAGCACCAUAAUUCAAAAGCAUCCAUUCUUCGGUGAUCAGCCUUCUUUAUGGUCCAGCUCUCACUUCCAUACAUAACUACUGGGAAAACCAGAGCUUUAACUACACAGACCUUUGUUGGCAAGGUGAUGUCUCUGCUUUUUAAGAUGCUGUCUAGGUUUGUCAUUGCUUUUCUCCCAAGAAGCAGGCGUCUUUUAAUUUCGUGACUGCUGUCACCAUCUGCAGUGAUCGCUUAAAAAUUAGAAUCAGGAUAAAAUUAAAUGACUGCCCAUGAAUUACAACCAUAGGGGUCAGGAACCUCAAGUAUUCAUCAGGGCCAACUGUCCAUGUUGGUCCCACAUGAGCCGAUAAAAUGGCCAAAGAGGUAACUUACAGGGUCCCAUAGUGGGGGGUCAAAUUGGGCCUGGACUGAAGGCCAGGUGGAACAGCUCCAUCUUGCAGGCCCUGCAAAAGGAUGUCAAGUCCCAUAGGGCCCUGGUCUCCUGUGCUAGAGCGUUCCACCAGGCUGGGGGCACAACCGAAAAGGCCUUGGCCCUGGUUGAGGCCAGUUUAACCUCCUUGAGGCCCGGGACCUCCAAUAUAUUAUUAUUUGUGGACCGUAAGGUCCUCCGUGGGACAUACCAGGAGAGGUCCCAUGAGUACAGGAUAAUAAUAAUAAUUAAUAAUAAUAAUAAUGUCCACCAUACUUAAAAACUUCCAAGUAGGUUGUUCACAGUUUAGGGGACAACUCAAAAUCAGUUUUCUUACUAUUGACCAAGGAUCCUUGAAACCUACUCCCAUGUAGGGCAGCCCAGCAAGGAGAAUUAAGGAGGGAAAUGAGAUGAGUCAUAACCACAAUGGUUUCCCUACUUCUGGCGGCCCUUUGAAGUCUUCUUCCCUGAUGAAAUUCACAGACUAUCCCCUUCUGAAGGUAUGAGAUUACCUGUAAUGGUGCAAAACUGCUAAGACCAGCAGAUCCAAUUUUCUCCUGCUUUCAAGACUGGACUAGCGUAAGUGAAUUUGGCAUAUAUAUCCCUAGGCAUUUGCAGUCAUGAGGCAGACAGUGAAAACCAUGGGGCUGGUGGGGUUGUUCUUUUUUUUAAAGAAAAUCCACGCUUUGGAUCUGAGGUCCUUUUCAUUUCACUUUGGGCUCCUGAGAGAGAGAGCGUGUUUUUCAAAGCUUCCUCCAGAAGCCACGAAGGCUGGGAAAUUGCUUUUCAGAAAUGAAAGCGGGGAGCCACGAUUUCACGGAGCAUUGCAGUGUCAGGCUCCACAAAACUCCCAGCAUUGCAAGACUUGCGAUUAAGGCAUUAGAGUUGGCAAUUCUGCGGUAAUAGAUAGGGAAAGGGAUUCAAAGCACCUCUCGCUUCCUUCUGUAGUUAGGAGCAAACUGUGAAAAGUGGAAUUAAAAGCACUUUUCUUUCUUUCUUUUUUUGCCAACGGAGGAGCUGCUUACUCAGGUCCCACUCCAGGGAAAUGUAGACUGCAAUUCUGCCUUUCCUAGCAGAACACCAAAGCAAAGCAAGCUCACAACAGAGGGCUUUGGAGGGCAGCGCUUCCAUCAAAGCGCCGUGAGCUCAUAACCCCUUUCUGCCCAUUGAGGUCUCUCCAGCAUCUUCACUGCUCAGCCCCAAAUGUCCUUCGACUGCAAUGUAGCUGGAAGGGCAAUUCAAGCACAGCUGGCCAUGCUGGUGUUGGAAAAACACCCUGGGGGUGCCUGCAAGCCCCCAAAACUCUGAGCAUCCUCUGGUAUGUGUAGCUCUGGAAAAGGCAUUUCCUUCUUCUCCAGGCUGCUCCAGGGACAUAUACCAGCUGCUAUAUGCACACUAAUCUUCUGGCAAAACACAGCAAGAAAAGCGAGACAUCGUAGACCUAAUCAACUAUUUAUUUACACGCUAUGUACAGACAAAAGCAUAAUGGCAUCCCUUUCUCUCCAGCUCCGAAGAAGAAGAGUUUGUUUUUUUUGUUUUUUUUUUUGAAUAAUUUUUAUUAAAGUUUUAAACAAAGAAAAAAGAAAAAACAACACACACACACACACAAAAACAAUACAAAAUUUAACAAUAAAAACACACAACAUAACAAUUUAAAACAAACUCUCUUUUACAUUCCCAAUUUUGAAUUACUUAUUUUCUGGACUUCCUCAUACCUCCCUCUUUUGUAUUCCAAUCUACAUUAUUUGUCCAGCAGUUUCUUUUCCACUUUUUAAACCCAAUCUUUAAUUUAAUGAAAUAUUAAGCUAUAUAGCUUCAGCUUUUUAAACAUAAUCCUUGUUCUUAAUGUCAUAUACCUUUAAAUUUUUCCCUUUUAUUAUCAAAUUUCCAUUUCUUUAAACAUCUUUAAUCUUAAUCUUUAAUCUUAAUCUAUCCUUAGCUUUAACCUGUACAGCUGGAAACCACUUAUUUUCAAUCCAACAUCACUCUAACAUUCCUUAAUUUUGCAGUGUUUCUGAAGAUAGUCUUUGAAUUUCUUCCAAUCUUCCUCCAUCGACUCUUCUCCCUGGUCACGGAUUCUGCCAGUCAUUUCCGCCAAUUCCAUAUAGUCCAUAAGUUUCAUCUGCCAUUCCUCCAGCGUGGGAAGUUCUUGUGUCUUCCAAUACUUUGCGAUGAGUAUUCUUGCUGCUGUUGUUGCAUACAUAAAGAAAGUUCUAUCCUUUUUAACACCAUUUGGCCCACUAUGCCCAGGAGAAAGGCCUCUGGUUUCUUGGGGAAGGUAUACUUAAAUACCUUUUUAAUUCAUUAUAUAUCAUUUCCCAGAAAACCUUAAUCUUUGGGCACGUCCACCAAAGGUGAAAAAAUGUACCUUCAGUUUCUUUACAUUUCCAACAUUUGUUAUCGGGCAAGUGAUAGAUUUUCGCAAGCUUGACUGGGGUUAUGUACCACCUGUAUAUCAUUUUCAUAAUAUUCUCUCUUAAGGCAUUACAUGCCGUAAAUUUCAUACCUGUGGUCCAUAACUGUUCCCAGUCAGCAAACAUAAUGUUGUGUCCAACGUCCUGUGCCCAUUUAAUCAUAGCCGAUUUUACCGUUUCAUCUUGAGUAUUCCAUUUCAGCAGCAAGUUAUACAUUCUUGACAGAUUCUUAGUAUUGGGUUCUAACAAUUCUGUUUCUAAUUUUGAUUUUUCCACCUGGAAGCCAAUUUUCCUGUCUAAUUUAAAUGCCUCCAUUAUUUGGUAAUAAUGAAGCCAGUCUCGCACUUUGUUUUUUAAUUUUUCAAAACUCUGCAAUUUCAGUCUAUCUCCGUCUUGUUCCAAAAUUUCCCAAUAUUUCGGCCGCCGAAGAAGAAGAGUUUGGAUUUGAUAUCCCGCUUUGUCACUACCCGAAGGAGUCUCAUAGCGGCCAACAUUCUCCUUUCCCUUCCUCCCCCACAACAAACACUCUGUGAGGUGAGUGGGGCUGAGAGACUUCAAAGUAGUGUGACUGGCCCAAGGUCACCCAGCAGCUGCAUGUGGAGGAGCGGGGAAUCAAACCCGGUUCACCAGAUUACGAGGCUACAGCUCUUAACCACUACACCACACUGGCUCUCCAAGAGAACAAAACAAAACAACCAAGUAAAGGUGCCAGUACAUUACAGCGGAAGAAACAAGACCGUCUUCCAUUUCCCACGCUCUUCUCAGAUGGGCAUGUGAUUUACAACAAGCUCAUCUGCAGCGUCGGAGGAGUGAAAUUGCUAACAUCCUCCCCCAUUUCAGGUAUCCGAUGCUGCACACAACGUAACAGGCUGUUUUUGACUAUGUAGCUUCUAUUUCAAACACAAUUCAACAUAUAAUAUCUCACAAAGUGUAAUUCCAUAGACCAACACAUCAUGCAAACGGAACAUAUCAAGAAAAAUUAAAGUCCAAUGGAUGAUCAGGAGAUAAAGUCCAUUCGGUUCCUAAACUGGCAUAUUGGCAAUAACCACAAUAUGGGAUGCUUAUCUUAUGAUGUUCUACAUAUCGCUGCUUUGAGGAUUCUAACAUUCCUUGCAUGUAGAUAUCGGAUCAGAUGGAAAACUUGAAGGUAUGGCAUGACAAGGAUUCCGGGAUAAUACCUUGUUUUGCCUAACUGGGCUUCAUCAGUCGUGCAUGCUGUAAAUUAAACAAACAUGAUAUAACAAUCCUUGUACAAAACUAAGUAAUGUAACAUACAAAUUAAACAACAAGUUCACAUAUCAUAUUCUUGUAUGAUGGAAACAUGGAACAAAAUAAAUUCAGUUAAUCCAGUCACUGGCCAAAGUUCCUUUUUAUACAGAGAGGCAGUAAAAUGCCUGACCAUUUUGCACCUCUGGCUAGCUUCCUUCCAUGGGACUAGAGCCUUAGCUCUGUUUCUGUCUGAGGAAACAGUGUUGGCCCUUGCAGCCUCUGGGCGUGGUAUCGCGUCCUUUGAGGACAAACCCUGUACCUCUUGCAAGACCUCAGGUUCGGAAACCUGUUUUGAGUCACUAGCUGCAAGGGCCAACACUCGGAGGAGUGAAAUUGCUAACAGCUGUGUCUGCCAGGCAACGAGGCACCAGGAAGGCCAACAUGUGGUGCAGUGGUUAGAGUGCCAGUGUAGGACAUGAAGCUCACGGGCUGUGACCUUGGGCCAGUUCCUGCCUCUCAGACUGACCUACCUCACAGGGUUGUUGUGGGGAUUAAAGGGGGCCCAUUAACUAGUGAGUAGCCGUUGCUCAGUUGGUGUGGUGCUGCAAAACAUGGGGUUUUGCUGCAAAAUUGUUGCUACACUAGCACUGUUUUGGAGUGAAUCAGAUCACUUUGGGUUUUGGAAUGAUAGCUACAACUCCUGGUAGGAGCAGCAGCAGAGGCAGAGCAAGGUGGGGGCUUCUUCUUCUUCUUCUUCUUCUUCUUCUUCUUCUUCUUCUUCUUCUUCUUCUGCGACCCCUCGUAGCCGAGUAAGAUUGUCUUCCAUAAACACAGUUUUAACAAUGAGUCCGUAAGUGACUGUGGAGGCCAGUUCUGGAUCCACACGUGCGUCCACAGUGGGGACAUUGGUUUCUGGGCAGGAGUUGAUCACGGUGUGGAUUAACCAAGCAUGCCUUCCUCUUAGCAUGUUUCUCCCUUGCGUCCUGAGUUCGAGUGUCUUCAAAGCCCAUGACCCCUUUGGUCAAGGCUGUUCUCCAACUGGAGCGCUCGCAGGCCAGUGUUUCCUAGUUGUCAGUGUUUAUACUACAUUUUUUAAGAUUUGCCUUGAGACAGUCUUUAAACCUCUUUUGUUGCCCACCAGCAUUACGCUUUCCAUUUUUAAGUUCGGAAUAGAGUAUUUGCUUUGGAAGACGAUCAUCAGGCAUCCGCACAACAUGACCAGUCUAGCAAAGUUGAUGUUGAAGAAUCAUUACUUCAACACUGGUGAUCUUUGCUUCUUCCAGGACACUGACAUUACUUCGCCUGUCUUCCCAAGUGAUGUGUAGUGAUAAAAAUCAAAGGCCCCAUGUUCUUCCACCUCCCAGAGACUGGGGUGUUGAAAAAUACUUGAAUGUUCAAAAUACAAGCCAUCAGAGAACACCUUUUCCUCCUUGUCCUGCUUCUACCAGCAGGUGAGGACUAUUUUAUUUUGACAGGCCUUUGGGAACUGUUUUAAAAAAAAUAUGAAAGGGGUUUUAGCAGUGCUGUGCUGUUUUUACAAUCUGCAUUGUAAAAUGUAAUAGUUGUGUUAUUAUACAGUUUUAAUUCUGCUAGGGUUUAACUACUAUAAGCUAUUACCUUUUAUAUGUUUUUAGCUUUCUGCAUUUUAUCUGUGUUGUUUCAAUUUGCGUAAGCCUUGAAUCAUGGAACUGCUGAUUUGUAGAGUUGGAAGGGACCUCUAUGUUCCAUCUAGUCCACCCCCUGCAAUGCAGGAAUCCCAGCUCAAGCAUCCCUGGCAGGUGGCCCUCCAGCCUCUGCUUAGAACCUCCAAGGAAGGAGAGCCCACAGCCUCCCAAGUGAGUCUGUUCCACUGUUGAACAGCUCUCACUCGAAAAUGCGAGAUAUACGGGGAAAUAAAAAUAACAGUAAUACAUUUCUAGCCAGUGUGGCCUAGUGGUUACAGUGCCAGGCUUGGCCUGGGAGACCAGGGUUCAAAUCCCUAUUCAUGAAGCUCUCUCCCUCUCUCUCUCUCUCUCUCUCUCUCUCUCUCUCUGUGUGUGUGUGUGUGAAACAAUUUUAUUAAUUUCCCCAAAAUAACAAAGAUAAAUCAAUAGCAAUAUCAAAGCGAAACAACGCAAAAAAACUUGACUUCCCCCUGGUCCUUUCCUUGUUUCCAUUGUUUAUCAGCAUACUGCAUGUCCAUUGUAAAGUUAUAAACCAUUGAAAUACUUAUUGUCCAUUCAAAAUUAAAUUACAAGAGUUGCCCCCCCAAUGGCUGGCAUUGUGCAGCUAUGGACACCCCAAUAAUAAUAAUAAUAAUUUAUUAUUUAUACCCCGCCCACUUGGCUGGGUUUCCCCAGCCAUGCUGGAUGGCUUCCAACAAAGUAUUAAAAUACAGUGGUCUGUUAAAGAGGGCUGUCUUCAGAUGUCUUCUAAAAGUUUGGUAGUUAUUAUUUUAUUUUUUUUAAAAUAUUUUAUUAAGGAUUUUCUUGUUUUACAGAAGUGUAGUGCCUCGUAUUUUUUUUCCCAUGUAACAUUUUUACAAAUCCGUUUCAUUUGUUGAGGCAUUAGGGGGAGAAGAAAAAAAGCAAAAAACAAAGGGGGGUGGAGAGAGGGAAGAUGGAUGGGGGUGGGGUCGGGUGGCGGUGUUUCUAUUAUGUUUAAUGUAUGUAGAGUUUGGUGUCAGCGUUGCUUGUGUUGUUCACUUGUGUUCCUUUGGUGGUGAGAGAGGUUGGGGUUGGCCUAGGGUGUGAUUGUUUGCUUGUGAUUGGCUGUGGUGAUCUUUGUUUUCGUGUGUGAGUGAGGUGGGUGGGUGUUUUGGAUCAGGUUAGCCAGAUUGAUUUGUAUGCUGUUGGUGGAUUAUUGUCAUUGUCCUGUUGGGCUGUGUAUGUGAUAAAUGGGAGCCAUACCGGGGUGAAGGCGUCUUCUUCUGUUUGUCCCCGUGUCAGUUUCAGUUUAUUAGUUAAUUUUUCUAGUAGGGCUGUUUCCCAUACUAUUUGGUACCAUUGGUCCAUGCUUACUCCUGACAGGUCUCUCCAGUGUCUGGCUAUGGUGUUUCUGUUUGGUAGUUAUUUUUCUCUUUGACAUCUGGUGGGAGGGCCUUGCACAGGGUGGGCGCCACCACCGAGAAGGCCCUCUGCCUGGUUCCCUGUAACUUGGCUUCUCGCAAUGAGGGAGCUGCCAGAAGGCCCUCAGAGCUGGACCUCCGUGUCUGGGCUGAAUUAUGGUGGUGGAGACGCUCCUUCAGGUAUACUGGGUUGAGGCCGUUUAGGGCUUUCAAGGUCAGCACCAACAUUUUGAAUUGUGCUUGGAAACUUACUGGGAGCCAAUGCAGAUCUUUCAGGACCGGUGUUAUGUGGUCUCGGCGGCCACUCCCAGUCACCAGUCUAGCUGCCGCGUUCUGGAUUAGUUGUAGUUUCCAGGUCACCUUCAAAGGUAGCCCCAUAUAGAGCGCAUUGCAGUAGUCCAAGCAGGAGAUAACCAGAGCAUGCACCACUCUGGCAAGACAGUCUGCGGGCAGGUAGGGUCUCAUCCUGCAUACCAGAUGGAGCUGGGAGACAGCCAUCCUGGACAUAGAAUGGACCUGCGCCUCCAUGGACAGCUGUGAGUCCAAAAUGACUGCCAGGCUGCGCACCUGGUCCUUCAGGGGCACAGUUACCCCAUUCAGGACCAGGGAGUCCUCCACACUAUUCGUGGUAAUUUGGGGGUGCUGGGCGGAUAUUUGCACCCUGGCGCCACAUCUGCUAAAGACGGCCCUGGAUGCAAAUGCAAUAAAUUGGUAAAAAUAAGCACUCUUCCCCCAGUAGGUGAACUGUUCCAGUGCAGAUGGAGUCUGGAGUUGGGAUGUUUUGAAAUGAGUGACACCUGCACACACAGAACUGACCCACGCCGUUUGAGCUGAUCCAGAUCCUUCAAAGGGCUGCGUUAUCCACCUCCCUGCCCGUUUGGAUCAGCGUUGCCACCGCGGGGCAAAAGCUGUCACGUCCAUCUUUGUUCCGUCGAGACUGCCUGCUCUCUCUUUUGUGAAAAGGACAGGUCUGGUUUUGCAGGGAAUUGACAAUAUUAUGUGCAACUGCCCAGCUCGUCAGUCGCAGCGUAGAAAACGCACCGGAGGCUACAGUUAGUGCAGGACGCUGCAGCACAAUUGCUAACAGGAGCCAGGCCUUGUCGGCAGAGAACUCUUCGCUGCUCAGAGAUCUGCGCUGGUGGCGGAUUUGUUACCAGGCUGGGUUCAGGGGGUUAUUGUUAGUACACGGAGCCCUUGACAACUUGGGAGCGGUUUAUCUGUGAAAUCAUGUUCCCCCUUGACCGGCAGAAUUGUUACAGGUGUCACACAAUCCUCAUUGGGUGUUUGUAAGGACUCCCUUUUUAGUGUGCCAGCAUCUACACUUUGGAACUCCCUGCCUCAUGACAACAGGCAGUCUCCUUCAUUGUAAAAUACAUUUUAAUGUAUUUUUAAUCUUUUGUUGGAAGCCGCCCAGGGUGGCUGGGAAAACCCAGCCAGAUGGGCAGGAUAGAAAUAAUAAAUUAUUAUUGUUAUUGUUAUUGUUAUUGUUAUCAUUAUUACUCUUUUCCGUGCCUGCUAAAAACAUUUCCACUCAGUCUGUAAUUUUAACCUUUCAAAAGUCUUCAAACAUUGUUGUUGAUUCUCCUUAUUGGUGAUUUUUUUGUUUUGUCUUUAUUGUUUUUGCUUUCCAACCGAGUGGUGUAUAAUUCUUAUGAAAUAAAUGAAUAAACCUUCAAAAAUUAGGAAAUAUUCCCUGACAAAAUAGACCCUUCAUUUGAGUUCACAGGGCAAUCCCCGAAGCCAUCUUGACUCUCUUAAUGACCCCAAAUAUUUUCUCUGCAGCCAAAAAGACACACCUUGGAAAAACCUUUUCCGAUAGAGACCGGCUGAGUUCUUUUCACUUGCAAAUCCUUCAAAUCCUGUAAAUAGAUAAGCUUCUCCUGUGAAUGGGCAAUCCCUCUGCAAAACCUGUUAAAAGCAGAGCAGCCCUGUUGGAAAGAACAUCAUUGUGCAUGAAUGGGGAAUGUCCUUGACAAUGGAUUCAAAAGUGAAGGCAUUUGCUAUUCUUAAAUAAUAGCCCAGACUGUCAAGCAGAAAGCAAUCAGCAAGCAUUGUCAGAUAUCUUGAGAGACAGGGGACAAGUCCCUCUUUCAAAUUUCUGUGAUGCAUGUAUGUUGCUUGUGGGUGGCCUUUGGCUAAACCUAGGGGAUUUCUGGGACGCUGGUGUCGUUGUGGUCUAAACCACUGAGCCUAGGACUUGCCGAUCAGAAGGUCGGCGGUUUGAAUCCCUGCAACGGGGUGAGCUCCCAUUGCUCGGUCCCUGCUCCUGCCAACCUAGCAGUUCGAAAGCACGUCAAAGUGCAAGUAGAUAAAUAGGUACCGCUCCGGCAGGAAGGUAAACGGCGUUUCCGUGCGCUGCUCUGGUUCUCCAGAAGCGGCUUAGUCCUGCUGGCCACAUGACCCGGAAGCUGUACGCCAGCUCCCUUGGCCAAUAAAGCGAGAUGAGCGCCGCAGCCCCAAAGUCAGCCACGACUGGACCUAAUGGUCAGGGCUUACUUUACCUUUACCUUUAGGGGAUUUCUAAAGUCUUCAAAAGUUGUUGCACGCCUUUACUCUGGCUCCUCACCUUCUUGCCAGGGUCCGGGAGGAACUCUGUUGCAACAGGGGGGAAAAGGUUUUCCUUGCUUUCCUCAACUGCUUCCUGCCUCCACCCAUUGUUCCCUGCCUGAUAAUGAACUUAAGGGAUAGGGGGAGGGAGCUGGGCUGUAAAAGUUAACCCCAAAUUUCCAUAUAACAGAUUCAUUGUCAAAGGGAAUGGGCGGGGGGGGGGACAGGUGAGUCAUGAGGGAUGCUGAGGGCUGUGUGAGCCAUGGGAGAUUUCCAUCCCUGCUGCAUUCCAAGUGGGGCUUUGAGAGGAAUAAUAAUAAUAAUAAUAAUAAUAAUAAUAAUAAUAAUAUACAUUUAUACCCCGCCCAUCUUGCUGGAUUUCGCCAGCCACUCUGGGUGGCCUCCAACAAAAUAUUAAAAAUACAAUAAAAGCCAUCCCACAGUUGGGGAGCCAACGCAGAAAAGGCCUGUUCUGAUGGCGAUGGUGAUAACAAUACCCCGCCCAUCAGGCUGGGUUUCCACAGCCACUCUGGGUGGCUUACAGCAUAUAUAGGUCCGGUGGUGGCCGACUCCGGGGUUGCGGCGCUCAUCUCGCUUUAUUGGCUGAGGGAGCCGGUGUGCAGCUUCCAGGUCAACAUUAGGAAGAAUUUCCUGACAGUAAGAGCUGUUCGACAGUGGAAUUUGCUGCCAAGGAGUGUGGUGGAGUCUCCUUUGGAGGUCUUUAAGCAGAGGCUUGACAACCAUAUGUCAGGAGUGCUCUGAUGGUGUUUCCUGCUUGGCAGGGGGUUGGACUCGAUGGCCCUUGUGGUCUCUUCCAGCUCUAUGAUUCUAUGAUUCUAUGAUUCUAUGUGGCCAGCAUGACUAAGCUGCUUCUGGCGAACCAGAGCAGCGCAUGGAAACGCUGUUUACCUUCCCGCUGGAGCGGUACCUAUUUAUUUACUUGCACUUUGACGUGCUUUCGAACUGGCAGGAGCAGGGACCAAGCGACGGGAGCUCACCGCGUCGUGGGGAUUCGAACUGCUGAUCUUUUGAUCAUCAAGUCCUAUGCUCUGUGGUUUAACCCACAGCGCCACCCGUGUCCCACACAGCAUAUAUAAAAACCUAAUAAAGCAAAAACAUUAAGAACUUCCCUAAACAGGGCUGCCUUCAGAUGUCUUCUAAAAGUUACAUAGUUCUUUAUCUCCUUGACACCUGGAGGGAGGGCGUAUGGGCUCUGUGAUCCUUAGAUGAAGGGUGGUGUAUUAAGUAAUAAAAUUGAAAUGAAAUUAAAUUCUUACCUACGCAGGAGAUGUGGAAUGUGCCAGGGGAGGUGGGGGUGAGAAUUCAAUUUUGGAUGAGAAGAAGUUUUGGAGGGACAGAGAGCAGGCGGUGAAGCCGCUGAGCAGCCAGAGAAAUGGUGGGCGCUGCUCCUUACACAGACCGGCAGCAGCCAGAGGGUCAGCUGGACAUUGGAACAUGCAGCCCAGUAGCAAGGCAUUCCAGGGGGGUUGGACUAGAUGACCGUUGGGUGUCUCUUCCAACACUGCAAUUCUGGAAAGCUGCAAAGCUUCUGUCUCUGGAGGCUUAAGAGCAGUGAUGGGACAAACCAUGCAUCCUGCUGUAGUUGAAUCACAUGAAUACCUCUCUCUCUCUCUCUCCUCUCCCCUCCUCUCCUCCUCCUCCUCCUCCUCUUUUUCCUCCUCCUCCUCCUUCCUCUCCCCCUCCUCCCCCUCCCCCUCCUCCUCCUUCUCCUCCUCCUCCUUCUCUUCCUUCUUCUCCUUCUCUUUCUCUUUCUCUUUCUCCUCCUCCUCCUCCUUCUCCUUCUCCUCCUUCUUCUCUUUCUCCUCCUCCUCCUCCUCCUUCUCCUUUUCCUUCUCCUCCUCCUUCUUCUCUUUCUCCUCCUCCCCCUCCCCCUCCUCCUCCUUCUCCUCCUCCUCCUUCUCUUCCUUCUUCUCCUUCUCUUUCUCUUUCUCUUUCUCCUCCUCCUCCUCCUUCUCCUUCUCCUCCUUCUUCUCUUUCUCCUCCUCCUCCUCCUCCUUCUCCUUUUCCUUCUCCUCCUCCUUCUUCUCUUUCUCCUCCUCCUCCUCCUCCUCCUCCUCCUCUUCCUUCUCCUUCUUCUCCUUCUCCUCCUUCUCCUUCUUCUUCCUCUCCUCCUCCUCCUUCUCCUUCUCUCUCUUUUUCAGGGCAGUCGUCCUUCUGCUUGCCUCCACCCUCACCUUCUCUCUCUCUCUCUCUUGAAUCUUUUUGCGGUCUGGGCUUGCUGUUCCUCCAGUCAGUAGUCAGGAAGCCCUUACCCCAAAAAGUAUUUGCGAGGGAUCAAGUCGUCUCCGCAGGAAACCAAGGAGGACUGUGAUUGCAAAGGUAGGCAAAACUCAAGGCCACGUGGAUGUUUGCAGGCACGAGAGAGCAUUGGGAUGGGGGGGGGUGUCCCUUUGUGGAUCAGCAGCCCACCCCUCCCUUGGGGGAACAUGGAGCAGCAUGGAAUCAUGGAAUUGUGGAGCUGGAAGGGUCCUCUAGUCCAACCCCCUGCAGAACCUCCAUGGCUGAUGGCCAUCCAGCUUCUGCUUAAGAACCUCCAAGGAAGGAGAGUCCAUCGGACACAGGUCUCUGGGCACGGGAGGUGUUAUGUCACCUCUUUCAAUUUUAGUCCCUAUUUCUAAACUUUCAUCCAUCCAUAUCAAUCAGCAUAUGCACAUUUUAUGUAAAUCCACAUCUCCUUUUGCCCUAUGUCUUUGACAACUGCCAUUCCGACUGUGCAUUGCUCAGGCAAGUGAGCCAAGCUGUGUAAAAUAAAUCAUCUUGAUAAUCUGAUUUUUGGGGUGGGGGGUGGGGAAUAGGGAUAACACGGUUUCCUUUCCAGGCCUGACACUGCAGUCCAACAGUCCCUGAACACAAGGAAACCCCUGAGCCCACUGCAUCGCUCCAUCGCACAGUCUUUGGGGCAAAAUCUCCCUAGGACAUUGUCUACUCCAGUCCUACCCACUUGGAGCCUGUAGCUUUCUUGAAUGUGAAUGUUUGACAGCAGAAUGGACAACCUGGGAAGGCUCUUCUUCAUCUGAGGUUCUUAAGCAGAGGUUGGGUGACCAUCUGUCAGGUGUCCUUUAUCUGAGAUUCCUGCACUGUGGGGUCCCUGUUCUAUGAUUCUCUGUUUUGAAGUGAUGUUAUUAUUAAUAUUUUCUUGAGUAACAAUAGAACAUACUGAGUCUAUUUUCAAGUCGGUGAAUCAUUCAGACAUGACAACAGUCCUAUGAUUCAUUGAAGGUUUUAAAGAGAGGUCAGAUGGCCACCUGUCAGGGAUUUUUAGCAGCCAUUCCUGCACAGCGGGGGGCUGGACUAGAUGUCCUCUGGGGGUCCCUUCCAACUCUACACUUCCGCGAUGCUAAAUGGUGUGGGGUGUGAAACACAGAGCAGUCAAGUACAACAUUCCUAGAGUGGACAUAAAAGGGGAUGUCUGGACCAGCCAGUCGGAACUUCCUGUUUCCUCCUGGGCUGGGACAGACUUCCUCUGCAUGUGACUAGAGGUGGGCGUGGCCUCACCUGUGCAGGUAAUGACAAAAGCACAGGGCAGGGCAGCCCUCUCUCUCUCUCUCUGACUACAUGCAUCGAAGAAGCAACAUCUGCUUAGCCAAAGAUGCUCUUUUCCAGCCAAGAGAGGACAAAGGAACUUUCUCCUUAUGGGAUAGAUUCCAGGUGUAUAUAUUUUGUAACUUAAGUCUGCCUUCUGGGAUCCUUCUGUGAACAGAAUGUGAGUAAACUCUUUUAUAUACUUUGAUACAAGACUGUGUCGUAUCUAUUCUUUUAAGAGGGAGUAAAGGGGAAUUAUCAGGAAACUUAUUUUAGAGGCUUAAACAAGCCUAGCAAAGAUGUAAUAAUAAUAAUAAUAAUUUAUUAUUUAUACCCCGCCCAUCUAGCUGGGUUUUCCCAGCCACUCUGGGCAGCUCCCAAAAGAAUAUUAAAAUACAAUAGUCUAUUAAACAUUAAAAGCUUCCCUAAACAGGGCUGCCUUCAAAUGUCUUCUAAAAGUCUGGUAGUUGUUUUUCUCUGACAUCUGGUGGGAGGGCGUUCCACAGGGAGGGCGCCACCACCAAGAAGGCCCUCUGCCUGGUUCCCUGUAGGUUUGCUUCUUGCAAGGAGGGAACCGCCAGAAGGCCCUCGGCACUGGACCUCAGUGUCCGGGCGGAACGAUGGGGGUGGAGAUGCUCCUUCAGGUCUACUGGGUCCUUGAGGCCAUUUAGGGCUUUCAAGGUCAGCACCAACACUUUGAAUUGUGCUUGGAAACGUACUGGGAGCCAAUGUAGGUCUUUCAAGACCGGUGUUACGUGGUCUCGGAGGCCGCUCCCAGUCCCCAGUCUAGUUGCCACGUUUUUGAUUAGUUGUAGUUUCUGGGUCCGCUGCACAAGUUUAAAUAGGGGGAUGUUAAAUUAUAGAACUUGUUAACACAAGUUGGGAAGGAUAUAAUUAAACACUCUCCUGCCUCCCUGAACAUUCCCACCACUGGCUCUCCCUUGCCACCCUGCCUGCCUCCCCCACCCCCAGCAAGCCCCCUUCCCCCUCCCUUUCUGCUGACUCUUGUCUAGGGCAGGGCUCCAUCCCCCUACGGCCCCCUCCAAGGUCACCGUCCCAGCUGGCCUUUGCUCUCCCCCCUCCAGCCGGCUCUCCCCCCCCGCACACCGGUCUCUUCCCUGAGCAGCGCCAGCCUCUGGGCAGCUGAGAGUAAUUGGAUCUGGCGUUGUGGCGACAGGCAAGCUGGAGGACAGCGAAAGGGUUUCUCACCCUUCGGAGGGAGGAGAGUUGUGGCGUUUUUUGCACGGAAGGUAAUGCUUGACAAAUAGCUUGCCCUAGAAACUUCACAUUUGGUUUAUUCAUGUAUCCUCUAUGGGCACAAGUGCCUUUGACGAAGAGGGAUCCGGGAGGCCGGCUGGUGAAAACGGCAGAAGCUGCCACUCUCCCCCCCCCCACUUCGCCCCCCGCUCAGGCCAGAAGCACUGCAUGACUUUCAGGGAGCAAAAGGCAGGAAGCAGGGAGAGAUGGAGAGAUGGAGAGACUGUGUCCUUCUUUGCAGCGGCCAGGCACGCGUCCUGGACUGGCUGCACAGAAGGGGACACUGAGGCACAAGGAUGGGGGGGUGGCAGGAAGCCUGGGGCAAAAGCGUUUGCCCUGCAGGUACCCAGAGGGCAGGGUCCAAGCCAAGUCUCGUUCCAAGGAGCUUUUCUGUUCCAGGUGUGUAGAAUCAUUGAAUUGUUGAGUUGGUACCCAAGGGUCAUCUAGCCCAACCCCCUGAAAUGAAGGAACCACAACUAAAGCCUCCCUGACAGGUGGCCAUCCAACCUCUGCUCAAAAACCUCCACCACCUUCAGAGGGAGCCCGUUCCACCGCCAAGCAGCUCUUCCUGUCAGAACGUUCUUCCUAACUUUGAGCCAACAUCUCCUUUCUUGUAACUUGAAGCCAUGGGUUCGUGUCCUGCCCUACAGAGCAGGAGAUAACAAGCUUGCUCCAUCUUCCAUGAGAUAGCCCUUCGGAUAUAGGAAGGUGGCUCUCCUAUCUCCUCCUAGUCUUAUCCUUUCCAGGCUAAACAUCCCCAACCCCUCAACCGUUCCUCACAAGGAAUGGUUUCUAGACCCUCGAUCAUCCUGGUCCCCCUCCUCCUUCCACACACUUGAUCAUGACUCUAGACAGAAGAAGGCUCCUUUCUCCAAAUGGAGACAAUGGCACCAGUGGUUGCUAUUUGUGCUCAGUAACCAAAGGCACUAGGCCACUUUAUGCAGAUUUGGGUGUGCCCAGGCAGAUGAUAUUUUUUGUGCUUGUACUGCAGAAAGCUUGUUUUCUGCUGCUCCAGAAGAUAAGAUCCUAAACCAGCCUUUCUCAACCUGUGGGUCCCCAGAUGUUGUUGAACUACAACUCCCAUCACCCCUAGCUAGCAAGCUCAGGGGUGAUGGGAGUUGUAGUCCAACAACAUCUGGGGACCCACAGGUUGAGAACCGCUGUCCUAAACCAAUGGCUUCAAGUUCUGACCGGAAGGGGAUUCCGACUUUAACAUCUGGAUGACCCUCAGGAAUCCCUUCCAACUCCAUAAUUCAUGGGUAGGCAAACUAAGGUCCAUGGGCCAGAUCAGGCCCAAUUGCCUUCUGGAUCCGGCCCGCGGACGGUCCGGGAAUUGCUGCGUGGAUUGCCAGCAUGCACACGUUCUCUCCCCCUCCAUCGCACGGCAGUGCUGGCACCUCCUCCCUCCCUCCUCCUGGCUUCUCCCCGCCCUGCCUAGAGGAGGAAGGGGCUGGGUGUUGUUGGUGACAGCAGCAGCCACGGUCGGUUGGCUGAGUGCCAUUUUAAGCAGCCCCUUUCUGGAGCCCUUUCACACGCCGCUCAUCGUCCCUCUGUCACCACCACCAGCCCCUGCCGCUCACAAGACACAGGUAAGCAGCCACUGGGGCUCAUGGUGCUCUUGUAUCCCCCCCCAAUAUAUAGUCUGGCCCCCCACAAGGUCUGAGGGACAGUGGACCAGCCCCCUGCUGAAAAAGUUUGCUGAGCCCUGCCAUAAUUCUAUGAUUCUUUGAUUGCAGGAUUCUGGUGCUUGGGCCAUCCGAAUCGCUUGCCAGGAUCACCAGCGGUGGCGCCGAAACCUUUAUGAGCGACAGCGUGCCAGACUGUCACUUGUGCUCACGACAAAACAAGGGAGAGAGGAAACCCGUUUGCCAGAAGAUGGUGUCACCAGAGCAGGAUGAGCUGAAACAGCUGCUGGUGCUGAGAAGACUUUUGGAAAGCAGAAAGAGUUCAGGGGAGGGCGGGAGGCUCAGGGCAGAAAGAGGGGAGAGGGUGGUCCCAGGCUGAAUCGUGACUUCUCCAGUUUAAAAAGGAACCACAGGGAGUGGAGCUGUGGAAGACGGAGAGUCAUGGACCUUGGAGAAGCAUCACUGCCAAUCAGAGCAGAUGAUAAAGGACUGGAGGGAGCAUAAGAGACAUGCGCCUUGCCUUGCCCCCGUGAUUGAGAGAGUCCAGGGGUUCCCGACUAAAGAACUGUGGCAAGAGAAACUGAUGGACUAUGCAGAAUUGGUGAAACUGACACAUAAACUGCGUGACAAGGACAACUGUGACUUUAAAGAAGAAUGGGAACCUUUCACAAAGUACUUAAACAAACAACAAAACGAACUGGACUCCUUGGCAGGUUUUGAAUAAACAUACACAAAUUUAUUACUAACAACAUACACAUAGAUAAAUUAAGGUUCUUUGCAAUUUUAGAAUAUGCAGCUAAUUACAUGUAUUGAGAAACCAGAGAGAGGAACUGAGGGAAGUCGGGGGG